CUUUUGAGCCGUCUUCCCACUCUGUAAGCUGGGAGAAACGAGGAACUCAACAGGAGAAAGGGCGUGUUUGGAGUUGCCGCCGGGCGGGGAGAUCCAGCUCCGAACUUUCGCUCGACUUUCGCUCCUUGUUGAGGUUCGGUUCUUUCCGAUCGCCUUCAGCAGCGAAGGACUCAGAGGCACAGUUCCGAACUUUCCCGGGCGGUCGGCCUUUUUGCAUAAGCUGGCAGACAAACUCCAAAUCCAGCAGGAGCAACGCCAGAGCUCAAAGCAGUGCACCAAGGAGCAUCCCCUCAUUUUACCCCCUCAAGAAUCAGUUGAUGAGGUCCCAUUCAUGAGUUCAAGUAAAAGAGUGGAUUUGAAAAUCAUUAUCAUUGGAGCUUUGGGUGUAGGAAAAACUUCUCUUCUCCACCAGUAUAUUCACAAGACAUUUUAUGAAGACUAUCGCACCACCCUGGGAGCUAGUAUUUUGUCCAAAGUUAUGGAAGUGGACCACACACCACUGAAAUUGCAGAUUUGGGACACUGGAGGGCAGGAACGAUUCCGGUCUAUCGUGUCCACAUUCUACAAAGGUUCAGAUGCCUGCAUGCUGGCUUUCGAUGUCACAGAUAUGGAUUCUUUUGAGUCCUUGGGUGAUUUGAGGGAAGAUUUUCUUCAGAAGGUCAACACUGCAGGGCAAGACUUCCCAAUGGUUGUGCUGGGAAAUAAAAUUGAUCUGAAGGAUCGACAAGUGUCCAAAGAGGUGGCUUCAUCCUGGUGCAAGGAGAAGGAUAUUGCGUAUUUUGAAGUUAGUGCCAAGAAUGAUAUUAACGUUGUGCAGGCUUUUGAGACUCUGACAAGGCAAGCACUAUCAAGAUAUAAAGGGAUAAUUGAAAACUACCUAACCGAAUCUAUAAAGCUCAGUCCAGAAGACCAGCCCACAACCAAAUGUUGCUGAUAUCCCAUUUGGAAUUAUUUGACAUUUGCAUACAGUCUGAAAGUUGGCACAUGGAGCUGCUGCUGCUUGGAAAUCCUGCCCAUCAGGGUAGAAGAUGAACUGAUAUGAUAUUGCCCUCUGGCAUCCCAGCAAAGAUGGAACAGUCUGCUGGUUACUCAUCACACAGACAUUCAGGAAUCAGCAUCAAGUAUCGGGAUAAUGUUUAGCUAGCUGCAAGAGUUGUAACUCUGACCCUUACUGUAUCAGUCAGACCCUUCUGAGAUGCCACUUUGAAGUUCAGGUCCAUGUUCCAGAAGUCAGAUCCAUGAUUCUAUCUCAUGUUGAAGCUAUCUCCUAUAUGCUCUGUUGGUAAAACUACAGUAGAUAAGAUCUACAUCAUCUUGGUCCAGCUUGGUGUUUUCUAGAUAUGAUAUGGCUUAAACUCCUGGAAUUCCCAAAUGGCACUGCUGAAGGAUAAAGGCACUAGAGUGGGUUGGGGAAAGCUGAUCUAGAUAGUUCAGGCACUGCUGCUUAAAUACUAUACACAUAUGGUACAUUCCAGGUACUUAGGUGUUACGUGUACAGUAUAUCCCUCGUUUUAUUCCCACAACCACCAUGUGAGGUAUGUUGACCUGAGAGAGAGUAACUUGCCUCAAAUCGUCCAGUGAGCUUCCAUGGUAAAGAGUUGACUAGAAUCUGAGUCUGUGUAGUCUGGGUCCAACACUGAAUCCCUAGACCAACCUAUAGUGCACAGCUGGGUUUCCCCUCUCAGUUCCUGUCCUUGAAAAUGCCAUGUUAAUCUAAGAAUAUUGAUUUUGCAGCAGAAGUGCAAAACGUUUAAUAUUUGUCCACUAAUAUUACACAGAAUUGGAAAAUAGUAUCACAUAGAUAUUUAUGAUAUCUUUUGCAUGGAAAUUGAUGUUCUUGAGCAAGGAAAAUACUGUAAAACUAUAAAUGUAAGACUCCAUCUUCAGUGUUCUUAUCUUUAGAACAGGGGCGGUGCCUACUUAAAAAGCAGUUCUGCACAGAAUUUUAAAAAAAAUAUUGAAGAAAAAUAAGUAUUGGAAAAGGGAAUAUAGUGGAAUCAAUUUGUACGUGGAAAUAUAUAGCAGACAUUUGAAAAAGCGAUCUCUUUUUAAAAACAUUGUAUGCCUAGUUCUUUAUUGCCAUUGUUCAAGGACCUUGUUUUUCACUGAAAAGUUAAGAGUGCCUGAUGUGAAUUGUAUUUAUAUGGAAUAAAUUGAAGCCAUUUUCAGCAAAGAUGUUCUCACAUUGAAUCAAUAUGGAAAUUGGGAGCAUAAUCAGGCUAAUUAGUGUCCUGUGUGCCUGCUAUCUGCUUCUUUGUUGGAUAUACUUAUAAGAAGGAAGAUGUCAGGUAUUAGGAAAAAAUACUUUCUUCUUGCAAAAGUUAAUGAUGCAUGUGUAUGGAUUGAGAAACAGGGUAAAUGGCACACAAGAGAUAUAGGUCAGGUCAGGACUAGCUGAUGUAAACAUCUGUUCCUUGCUCAUAUAUUGAUUGAAUGUGUCACCUUCUUUCAAACUAAAAAAAAAGAGGCUAUACAGCUCAACCAGUGCAGACAGCAAUUGUAAUAAAAUUAUUAGUUAAUGCAGUUAAUGGAAGGGUUUUUAUUGAUUUCCAACUUGUAAAAGGACCAAAUGGAGUCUGAACUGAUAUUUCAUUGCAAGCCAGCAUGAAUUUGGGCAGGGAAACAUGAUCUUGUGAAUCUGUUCUGGAAAUAUUUUGUUGACUGUACUUCUUGAACACCUUGGAAUUCAGGUUUGGCUGGCAAGGACAGAGCUGAAUUCAUAUUUGGAUAUUGUGCUGCCAACUCAAUUAAAAUUGAAUUUAAUAGA